ACAAGGGGCGAGAACAAUGUCAUCAUUCCUGCUUAAAAAGAGUGCUGCUAUGCCUCUGAUGGAAACAUCGCCACACGCACUUCAAAUAUAGUACCAGGUGUGCCUCUGAAUCGAGUGCCUUUUCAGCUGGCGAAGAUGCCGAGAGGAUUUCUAGUGAAGAGAAACAAGAAAGCGACACCUGUUUCGUACCGGAUCCGCUCGGACGAGGAUGAAAAUGCUGUGUUUCCAGUUGCGCAAGACGCGCCGCGCUUUACGCAAAACCUGGCAUCGCCGCGAACGGAUUCGGGCGCUAUGACUUCCGCGCAGGAGGCGAAACCAGUGCAGUUCGGCAACCCGGAGACGGUGUACCGAUCCAUGUACAGCCCGACGCGACCCGUGAGCAGAGAGCACGAAAGGGCGUGCUUGGAGAGGAGAUUCAAUCUGGGCUCACCCAUUUCGGCGGAAUCCUUCCCGGCGGCGCCCAACACCUCCGAUCACGUGCCAUUCGCCCCUGUGGAUCUUAAAAUCGGCACCAGCAACAGCAACCGAAUCGGUACGAGCAACCCGACCGCAGUAACCACCAAAAGACCCGCAUCGGACGGCGAGCGCAAAGGCAAACCCGCAUCCAAGAAAGUCAAAGUCAUGAGGAAACUGCAGUUCGAAGACGAGGUGACCACCUCUCCAGUGCUGGGCUUGAAGAUUAAGGAGGGUCCCGUGGAGCAGAAGCCCAGAGCUCAGUCCACAGCAGGUGACAAGCCGCUGGGCGAGUUUAUUUGCCAGUUGUGUCGGGAGGCGUACGCGGAUCCGUUCUCUCUGGCGCAACACAAAUGCUCCCGGAUUGUGCGGAUCGAGUACAGGUGCCCUGAAUGCGACAAGCUCUUCAGCUGUCCGGCUAACCUGGCAUCGCACAGGCGCUGGCACAAACCCAAACCGCAAAACCCACCGGGCACCAACCCGGACGGCAACAAGAUGCCCGCACCCGACAAAAGCAUCGCCUCUGAGGAGCCCAAGGAAAUUUCCAGCGACAGAGACACUCCCAGUCCCGGCUUGUCGGAAUCUGGAUCUGAAGAUGGCCUGUAUGAUUGUCAGCACUGUGGGAAGAAAUUCAAACGUCAGGCGUACUUGAAAAAGCACAUUAUGGCGCAUCACGAUGGAGCCGACAAAACCCAAAGCCAAGCACCUUUGAAUCUGAGCGCCUCGGAGUGUCACCUGUGCCCGGUGUGCGGAGAAAACUUCCCCUCUAGAGUCAACCAGGAGAGGCACAUCCGUCUGCUGCACUCUGCGCAGGUGUAUCCCUGCAAAUACUGCCCAGCCAUGUUCUACAGCUCACCUGGACUAACGAGACACAUCAACAAAUGCCAUCCAUCGGAAAACAGGCAGGUAAUUCUGCUCCAAAUGCCCGUGCGUCCAGCCUGCUGAAAGACAAACAAACAAACAAACUGUGCCUUAAAAACCACAGAAACAACCCUGGAUGAUCACUAAGUGACUGUUAAACCACAGACAAAAGUAACGUAGUUUAUCCGGAGGAGGUGAAAUAACAGGUUAGACUGUUCGUUUAAUUUUCUAGGAUCUUCGCACAAGUGCUUUUAGCUUUUAGACCUAAGAAUCCUAGAACAUGGCUUGAAUUCACAGGCUGUACAUGUGUUUCCAUCACUUUCUAGCUUUAAUAUAGCUUGUGAAUCUGUGGACUUUUGUAGCUUUCAAAACAACAGGGGUUUCUCCCUUUAGUGUAGCCAGAAAUGCCUUGAAUUAGAUCUAAACAUGCUGUAAAACUGCCUUAAUCAUGUAAAUGUUGGAGUGAUUGCGGUUGUUUGUAAUAUUUUUUAUAUUAUUAUUAUUAUUAUUGUGUGUAUAUGUUUGUGAUUAUUUAUCCUAUUAUUAUUAUUUAUUUAUUUCAAAUGUUUUAUUUAAAUUAUGUGUUGGCCUAAUUGAUUUUGAAUUUGUGUUGCCAGCCAAAUGUUUCCCUUUAUUGAUCUAAAGAUCGACCUUCGUCAACCGAAAGUUUGGAAUUCACUUUGCAUUAGAUACAAUCCUUUAUUUAUUUAUUUUAUUUAUGUUUUCAGCGCUUGUGUGUCUCUGCAGUUCUGCUAUUUGUCCAAAAAUACGUAUAAUAAUAAUAAUAAUACUAAUAUUAAACAGUCCAAAAAGUUGAAAUGGGAUCCACUUGUGAUGAUGUCAUGGAGACAUUCCAGCAAUCCAGAGAAAUGUGUAUGGAAACCCGGACACUGUGAUCACAUAGAAAUACAUCAUCUUCUUAUACAACAAUGUACUGUAUGUGUUCAACUGAAGUCUGUACCAAGAUACAUCUGCACUUAAUAAAAAGACAUCGACCUAAAACAGUUUGUUUGUCCUCUAAAGUGUCUUUGACUAUAGCACCUGUCUUUAUGUAAAACAAACCAAUGAAUAAAAAGGAUAACCAUUGCUUUUAGAUUAAGACAUUGAUGUUUGCGUGGAUUUCUAUGAAACGUUUUACAAGCCCUCAAAUCAAGACAUUCCCUAGUAUUGUGAUUUAAAACAGCAGGCUUAUAUGAGCAACUGUUGAUUCAAGCUGUGUGACAUCUAAAAGUAUUUUAAACAACAUUUAAAACAACUCUUGUAGAAUUAUUAUACUUUUAUUAACUUAUAUUAAUUGACAGACUAUCCUUUUAAAUUCAUUUGUCACAGCACAUUUAAAUGACUUCCAAAAAACAAAGGUGAUUAAAAUGAUGAAAAGCUUAAAUAAAAUGGUAUCUGGUUACCUAACAAUGUUAACUUUUGUUAAAAUGUGUAGAAGAUAAUGUGUAUAUACACCAAAAAUAUAGACUUUCCCUUGUUUAUAAAGGUGUUUCUUCAACCUGUCCAAGGGAUUGAUUUUUAUUAAAACAGAUUUUCCUAUUUGUUGAAUGAAAGUCACAUUAAAACUGACUUAAAACUUUUAACCAGGAAUUCAUCAUUUAUUUAUUUAUGUUUGUUUUACAUAUUUAGUGAAGAUUUGACUGUUUUAGUCUUGUCCCAGACUCUAUUAAUAUUAAACUAUGAAAAUUAAUUGUAAAAAUAAAAAUUAUUACAUGCUUAAAACUAUGAUCAUUUAAACAAAGUGUGACAUUUUUUGUUUUUUUCAGUAUUUACUGUGUGAAAAUUAUAAUGUUACUCUAAUAUACUCAGUGCUGGGUAGUAACGGAUUACAUCUAAUCUGUAUUAUGUAAUCAGAUUACAAAAAUACUUGAAUACUUAUAAUUGGAUUAAAUUAAAUUUUUAAAUACUCGUAAUCAGACUACAGUUACCUUUUAUAGAUUACUUGAUUACAUAUUAACAAGGCAAUGGCAGUAAAUUGCUAAUUGAUAAUUUUCAAAUCAAUAUCAUCAUAUUCUUUUCCUGAAGCUCAAUAGUCUCACAGAUGAACAUUUUGAGCAUGUGCUCCUUUUACGUUACAACAGUAAAAUAUGCACCACAGCUAAGGAACAGAUGAUGGACUAUUAGUAAGUAGUAAGGGUUAAAAUUAAGUGUGUCAGAGAUUUGAGCUGUUAACUCUGACCUAUAAUGUCAUUACUGUUGAUUUUAUGGUCAUUAAGUUUUGUUCAUUUUAUGAUCGUUUUAUGUUGAUUUUAUGGUCAUUUAUGUUCGUAAUGCUGCUAUUGUUUUAUGUACUUAAAAUGAUCUUGAUGUCUCAGUGUUUUGAAUGAUAAACUUUGGCCACUCUCUGUCAUAGCUGUUAAAUGUAUUGUUUAUUUCAUUCAUGUAAUGUUUAAUGCACUUUUUAAAAAUGUCAUAAGGAGCUCUUUUAGUGAGGCCCUUUUUGUUAGU